AUGUUGUUAUUUUCUCGGAUUCUUCUCGUAGGCGUUGAGGGUCUUCAUGUACUAAGUGUAAAAUGCGAAUGGCAAAUCUCUACAUCAAAUUCGGACGAAAUAAUCAAACUAGAAUUAGCCUUCUCUUCACUAGACAAUUCCUCCAACUGUGAACACAACUACAUUGCUGUCUAUGAUGGACCUAACGCAAGCAGUGGACUGCUGGGGAAAACGUGUGGUAACAAGACGACUGUUUUCACUUCAGCAAGCUGGAGUUUGUAUGUUGUCCUACAACUGACCAAAUCAAACGCUAGCAACGCCUUGUUAGCGACAUAUUUUUCCGAAAGAAAAGAGGCUGAGUGUUUGGAAGUCGAAAGCCGUAUAAGUUCUGACGACAAGAAAUACAUUAGUUCCCCUGAAUUCCCACGUCUAUACAAACGAAAAAAAGAAUGCUCUUGGCUAAUUUCGACAAGUAGGGGCAGAGUGAUAAGACUUGAAGUUGUCUACGCGAACUUUCCAAGUAAAUCCACCUGCUUUGCUAAAGCCAACCUGGCAGUAUAUGACGGUAACAGCAAUAGAGACCAUGUUCUCGGGGUCGUCUGCGGCGACGAAUCAAAAACCUAUGUGUCCACAGGACAGGAAAUGUUAGUGGUGCUGAAGGGAGAUAAUAAUCAAACAGGUCGUUUUCUUGCAGCGUAUUAUUCCGACGUUAAGGCAGAAGAAUGUGUUGGCAAAAUCAAACUAAAAGCCCAAAGACACACAAAGAACUAUAUCCAUACACCUUCUUUCCCAGCCACAUACAAAAAACAUCCCUUCAAGUUCAGUCACUGUGUAUGGGUAAUCUCGGCGGAUGGCCCAGAUAACGUCAAGCUAACAAUCACAUACUCCAACUUAGUCGACAAGAGUGACUGUGGUGUAGAAAGCAUCAACGUUUACGACGGCGAUGAACUAUCCAACAAAUUAUUGGGUGUGUCAUGCGGGGAAUCCAAGCCAACGUACAUGUCAACGGGAAGAAAACUGAUGGUUGUUUUUUCGUCGAGAAAUGCUAACGGGAGUCAUGGAUUUCUUGCAUCCUACUACUCAGUUCCUGAUUUAAAUACACCACGUCAACAGCAGUUAGUCGCCAUGUCUUCCACCAGUGGCUACAUCUACCCACCUAAUUUUCCUCAGCCCUAUCAAAGUUCGAUAUCCAGAUCGUGGGCAAUAAGAGCAAAACAUUCUGAGGAAACGGUUGUGUUAGAAGUGGCCUUCUCUGAUAUAUUCUUAUCCCCUGGUUGUGAAAUUGAUUACGUGGUUGUCUACGAUGGUGCCACCGAAUAUGACCAUCGUCUUGGUAAAUGGUGUGGAAUCGAGCAACCAAAAUUCGUGUCUACGGGCCGAGAUAUGUUCGUGAUAUUCCAUACUAAUUCAACGACGGAACACACAGGAUUUUUAGCAGCAUACCAUACACAUACACAAGGAGCAAGCAGUGGUAGUCCAAGUCACGUGUGGCUUUGCGUCACUUUGCUCAUCGUCAUCAUUUUAGUCGGCUGUUUCUUCUUGGUGCGUCAUUUUUUUACGAAACAUGGUCAUCCCCAGUGGUCAGGCAAUCGGGACAGGGCCACAGAGUCCAUGGGCAGCGGAAUGGAUAUCUAUGACCACGCCUCCACUAGCGUUUCCAUGAAGUCUCUCCUAGAAACCUCUUGA